AAGCGCCCAUCAAGUGCUGCUCGCCAAAAGCGGAAAUUUUGCUUCCGUCAAUUAGUUCGCCUGCUUCGAGUCAACAAGCAUAAGGUUCGAUUCGAGGAAGGUCUUUCAUGGAGUCCCAUCCUUCGUACAAAGCCCUAGAACCCUUACUCAAAACCUACCCUCACGCUGCGGGUGCUCUUUUUCAAACAUACAAUGACCUGAGCCUAGCGCAACAAUGGAACGACCUGGAGGUUAUGGACGUACCGGAAUGCUCUAGGGGUGCAUUCCGAGGGCGUCGACCAAAAACCGAUGAUCUAUUAUACGUGAUUCCUUGUUCACUUUCCGAGUCACUAUCUAUGUCCUGGUUCCACCAAGCAUUCGAACGGCUUGGGAAGCCGCCUCACAUCUAUUUAGCAAUCAAUACCGAAGAUUCUUCUAUAGUUUAUUACAAGUUGAGCCCUGGGAUCGUAAAACCACCGGUGUAGAAUAUCUUCGGGCUUCGAGAAUCAUGCGGAAUUGGACGUACUAACACCGCCCC